AUGCCUCUCGCCUGACCCUCCCCUCCGCCACCGAACAUUUGUCGGCUCCUUCCUUCUUUUCCGCUCCCCACCAAUCUCUCAUCUUCUUUCCCUUCCUCCAUUAGCAUCAGAUUCAGAGGGUUUUGUUUUUCGUUUCUUCCCGUCCUUCCAAUAAAACCUAUCCAUCUCUCUUCUUUUCUUUCUCCCCCUUCUCUUUUUUCUUCCCUCUCCACACUUCUUCUUUCUUUUCUUUUAUAUCAAUAAUGGGUGGCUUUGUCUCAUCUUCCUAGUAUCGAGCUGCGCGGCUCCGUGCUCCCCGAAUAGAAAGAGAGGAGGAUGGUGGUUUCUUGGAAUUGGGAAGAGACUUUGGUGAGAAAAUGAGGGACAGGGGCCGGUCAAUUGCGGGUGGGGAUAUGGAUCUGGGCUCGUCGGAGAUCCCAACAGUCGGAUGCCGGUUCCGCCUGCGGUCGGCGUUCGAUUCGUUCUCCGUCGCUUCCGAGUCGUUCUCUGAAGGCUGCCGUCGGGUUGCGAUCGGGUUUGUGGCUCAGGCCAAGCGGCGACCUUUGGAGAAUUGAUUGCUAUUUCUCUCUCCUCCUGUCUUUUUAUAGACUAUUAUACGCACCUCUUGCUAGUGUCUGUUCUUCGGAAAUGGAUCGCUAUAGAUUUGGGUUUCCGAGGGACGUGGGCGGUGGCGAUUCGGAUGCAGAGUGUGUCGAGGUUGAUCCUACCGGGCGAUACAUCCGUUACAAGGAGAUCCUGGGGAGAGGAGCAUUCAAGACAGUUUAUAAAGCAUUUGACGAGGUCGAUGGGAUAGAAGUUGCAUGGAACCAAGUCAGAAUUGAUGAGGUGCUGCAAUCUCCAGACAACCUCGAAAGGUUGUAUUCUGAAGUUCAUCUGUUGAAGUCUCUAAAGCAUGAAAACAUUAUCAAGUUUUAUAACUCAUGGGUGGAUGAUCAGAAGAAGACCAUUAACAUCAUUACUGAGCUAUUCACUUCCGGAAGCCUAAGGCAAUACCGUAAAAAGCAUAAACAUGUGGAUAUGAAGGCAAUAAAAAAGUGGGCAAGGCAGAUUCUUCGGGGCCUGGAAUACCUUCACAGCCACAGACCUCCUAUUCUUCAUAGAGAUUUGAAGUGUGACAACAUCUUUGUCAAUGGAAAUCAUGGAGAAGUUAAAAUUGGAGAUCUUGGAUUGGCUAUUGUCAUGCAACGGCCUACAGCUCGUAGUGUCAUCGGUACACCUGAAUUUAUGGCCCCAGAACUUUAUGAAGAGGAAUAUAAUGAAUUGGUUGAUAUUUAUUCUUUUGGAAUGUGCAUGUUGGAAAUGGUUACUCUUGAAUAUCCUUACAGUGAAUGCAGAAAUCCAGCUCAAAUUUAUAAGAAAGUAACCUCUGGGAUCAAGCCUGCAGCACUUGCUAAAGUUACGGAUCCCCAAGUAAGACAAUUUAUUGAAAAAUGUUUGGUUUCUGCUUCCGAGAGAUUGCCUGCAAAGGAGCUCUUGAAAGACCCGUUUCUUCAAUAUAAUAAUUUGAAGGAGGCUGUUUUUGAUCAUGUUGAUUCAUCAAAUGUUAAACCAAAAGUAUUGAUUUCACAUUCAAAACAAUUGUCAAUGGAAAUAGACUGGGAUAAUAAGUCAGUUCCAGGGAGCUCUGGUACUGGUACAGAGAAUAACAACAUGACUCCACGUGCGCCAAUAUUAGAGUUCCGAAGAAUAAAUGGGAAUAACGAAUUCAGGCUGAAAGGAGAAAAAAAUGAUGACAGCUCAAUCUCGUUGAUCUUGCGUAUUGCUGAUUCAUGUGGUCAUGCAAGAAACAUCCAUUUUCUCUUUUAUUUGGAUUCUGAUACAGCGCUUUCAGUUGCUGGUGAAAUGGUGGAACAACUGGAUUUAUCUGAUUAUGAUGUUAUUUUUAUAGCUGAUUUUAUUGAUUUCUUAAUCAUUAAACUUGUACCUGGCUGGCAAUCUUCUACUCAUCACUCUUUAAGUGGGCCUUUGAGCAUGUACAGGCAAUCAAGUCAACUUUCAUCCGAUUAUUAUUCAAAUCCACGACAUUCAAUUGCUUCGGUUGAGAUAGGGUAUGAACAAGCUGUUCUCUCUCAGUUGAAUAUGGGAAGCUCAGCAAGGGAUCUUGUGCAAGUUGAUGAUGGCAUAUCAGACAAGAAGAUGGAAGAGAAAUGGUCAAAUAUUAAUUAUAAUUCUAAUUUCAAUGGUUUAAAUGGAGGAGAAAAAGUUUCUCAAGGGUCAGCUACGUCAGUACUCUUUGCUGAAAGCUAUAGAAGUUUAAGUGGGCAUACUGAUGUUGACUCAACAAUUUUGGAUGAUGACGGGUGUAAAGAAGAUAAAAAUUGUAACAUUAGGGAGGGGCUUUCUUCAAAUGGUUAUGUUAGCAAAUUGGAGUUGCCUUUUUCGAACUUAGGAGAACCUUGUGACAAUCCAAAUUCGCUAAGCGGUUCUUCAUCAUUGUCCCUGAUUGAUAAAGAGCAGAAAGAGUUGAAGGUGGAGCUUGAAAUUAUUGAAGCUCAAUACCAGCAUUGGUUUCAUGAACUGUCAAGGAUGCGGGAGGAAGCUCUGGAGAAUGCUAGAAAGAGGUGGCUGAUGAUGAAGAGAGAUGGUUGAUUGUAUCAUUCUCAUCCUUCAUCUCGGUAGCUUUUUUCUUUCGUUCGUUCUUUCUUUCUUUUUUGCUCAUUUAGAUGUGUUGAGCAUUUUAUUUGAAUCACCGUUAGUGUUUUCAUUGUACAGUUCAUGCUGAGUUUGUUGAUAAAUAUGCUUCCAUGAUAUGAGUUGAAAUUUAAGUUCAUGUAA